GGAAACUGUCAAUCAAGCUCUAGUUUCUUUGUAGUAACAUUUAGUUGUUUGCUGAAACAUUCAAACCUUGGAUUUGUCUAAAGUGCAGGCUUCACCAACCACACUAUCCACUGAUGUCACUGAAAGGCGUUGAAUCCCUCUUUGCUCAUCUACUUAAUCAACUUAACAAUUGAAAGUGCGAAUGAAAUUCUCGAUGAAAUUCCCCGUGGCGCGAUGCCAUUUGUGUCGCUUGUCGCGCCAAAUCGGUUCUUGGUUUGAACAUUUCCUCGCCUGUUGCCUAUCCUAUUUGAAAUUUACGACUCAAGGGAGACCAGAGGAAAGCUCAAAAAUUUCAAGUUGAGAAUGUCGUUGUCAUCUUUUAUGAUUUGCAAGGAUCAACAUUCAGCAAGUCAAAACUGGGAGUAGGACGAGGUAAAGAGCUCAGAAGAUGGUCUGGUACCACGGAUGGGGAGCAGAAAGGCAAAGGUCCUCGCCGUCGCGGUGGCCAGCACGGUGCUCGUCGCCGCCGAGGUGGCCCUCUACCUCUGCCUGCGUCUGUCGAGGCCCUUCUACCUCUCCACGGCCGCCGUCCUGGCGGCGACGGUCCUGACGCUGCUGGUCAUGCUCCACUGCACGGCGGGGCGGGCGGACCGCAUGGCAGCGCGGCGGGCGCUGGACGACGGCGAGGAGCUGCGGGCCGAGUACAGCUACUUCCGCAAGGUGGCCGGGCUGCCGCGCAAGUUCUCGCUGCACGCGCUGGCGGCGGCCACGGACGACUUCCGGUGCGUGGCCGGGCGGGGCGCCUCGGGCACCGUCUUCCGCGGCGUCCUCGACGACGGCACCCCCGUCGCCGUCAAGCGGAUCGCCGACGACGGCCGCGCCGCCGCCGGACGCGCCGACAAGGAGUUCCGGGCGGAGGUGGCCGCCAUCGCCGGCGCGCAGCACGUCAACCUGGCCCGCCUCCUCGGCUUCUGCCUCGGCUCCCCGCGCUUCCUCGUCUACGAGUACAUGGACCACGGCUCCCUCGACCGCUGGAUCUUCCCCGCCCCCACCCCCGCCGAUGACGCCGCCGCCGCCGCCCGCCCGCGCGGCUGCCUGCCGUGGCCGCGCCGCUACCAGGUCGCCGUCGACGUCGCCAAGGCGCUCGCCUACCUGCACCACGACUGCCGCUCCAAGGUGCUGCACCUGGACGUGAAGCCGGAGAACAUCCUCCUCGACGACGGCUUCCGGGGCGUCCUCUCCGACUUCGGCCUCUCCAAGCUGGCCGGCAAGGACCAGAGCCGGGUGGUCACGGCGGUGCGCGGCACCGCGGGCUACCUCGCGCCCGAGUGGCUCCUCGGCGCCGGCGUCACGGAGAAGUCCGACGUCUACAGCUACGGCAUGGUGCUGCUGGAGCUGGUCGCCGGCCGCCGCUGCGUGCGGCCGGAGGAGGACGGCGGGUGGUCGUACCUGCCCAAGAUCGCCGCCGAGAUGACGCGGGCGGGGCGCGUGAUGGAGGUCGUGGACCGGAGGCUCUCCUCCGGCGUCGGGGACGCGGAGCAGGCGGCGGUGCGGCGCGCGGUGCACGUGGCGCUGUGGUGCGCGCAGGAGAAGGCCGGGGCGCGGCCGAGCAUGGCGCGCGUGCUGGAGAUGCUGGAGGGGAGGGUCGCCGGGGAGGUGGAGGCGCCGCCGCCGUCCGACACAAUCAUGGAGGACCUUCUGGCGCUCGGCCACGCCCGCGCUCGGGGCGGCGGGCCGUUCCGGCUGCCGUCGGCGGGCCCGGCCGGGAGGGCCGCCUCGUCGGCGUCGGUGCUGAGCAAGUACGACUCGUUCGCCAUGUCCUACCUGUCAGGGAGAUAGCGCUCCUCGUCUGCACAGUCGAGUCAGCUCUUCGCCUUAACUGUAUUUGUAGGUGACUUGUGCUGACGUGGCAUGGGGGUUAGACUGUGAUUAGUCAAUCAGCUCGCCACGGAGGCGGUCCACGUGUCAAAGAAUAAAAUUUGUCGAGUGGCCACGUGGCAUGCUGCUUGUACCGAAGCGGUGACUAUUCAACCUCGGGAGCCGGGAGGAUGAAGCUAGAGGGCGAGGAACAAAAUUAGGGUUUAUUAGGGUAGGCGAUGAGGAGGCGGCCGGCGGCGAGGAGAGGGUAGCCGGUGGCACAAUUCCGGUUAGCAUGCCGGUUUGAUUGUGUUGUGGAGGUUGGACAAAAGGUAAUUUAUAAUUUAUUAUAAAAUCA